CCAGUGCACAGUGUAUAAGAUACCAAACUACAUAAUCCAGUAAAAAAACACCAUGGCAGACGUCCAAGAAAGUACCUCCGACACCACGGACUCUUCCGACUCCCCCAGCACGACCACCAACAAGUUCAACUGGAUCAAACAGCAGGCCAGGUCGCGGAACAACCCCUUCUUCAAACCCCGACCCUCACUCACCAGGGAGAGUUCAACUUCCGAGCUGUUCUCGAGAACGAACUCCAGCGCGGACUUCUUUCAGAGCUCGCGGCUGAAUCUCUUCGAUACAGCGCCGAAGCCGGAGACGAAUGAGAGAUUUGGGAAGGGCGUAUCGUUCAUAGGAUGGCACCAGCGGUCGCGGUUGGAGCGAGUGCUGCUAGUGCUGACAGCUUUGCUGACGUUGGCAGUUUUUCUGACUACCUGCCUGCUGUUAGCCAUGCGGGGUCCAACGUACCUUCCCGUGCCGCCAUGCUACCAACCUGAACCUAAAGAAAGCAGCGUCUGCCUGUCCAGCUCCUGCAUCUACACAGCCAGCGAGGUCAUCAGGGCCCUCGACGAGACCCAGAACCCCUGCGAGGAUUUCUACGAGUUCGCUUGUGGGGGCUGGAUGAAGAACAACCCCAUCCCAGAGGGCAAGUCGCAGUGGGGCAUCUUCAGCAAGAUUGAGCUUCAGAAUCAGCUCAUCAUACGAUCUGCUUUAGAAAAUGUCAACAUUUCUGACAAAAACGGGGGAGAGUACAAAGCAAGAGUGUACUACGAUGCGUGCAUAGACACGAAUGAGACCAUAGAAAAACUGGCGGAGAAGCCUCUAGUGGACGUGAUCAACAAACUGGGAGGCUGGCAUUUACUCGACAAUAAUAAAAAUUCUUUGACCAACAGUACCAAAAAUAAUACUAUUUUAAGCAACGCUACCAAAGAUACUAUUAAGGACUUCGACCUACAAGAGCUUCUUCAAAAUAUACAGAAUAAGUACAAUUUGGGUGGAUUAUUUAAUUGGGCGGUAACUGAAGAUGACCGGAAUUCUUCAAAAUAUAUUAUAGUUCUAGACCAAGGCGGUCUAAACCUUCCAACGCGCGACUACUAUUUAAACAAAAGUGCACACGCGAAAGUUCUCGAAGCCUACCUCAACUACAUGACCAGAGUAUGCGUCCUCUUAGGCGCGAACGAGACGAAAGCUAAAGAGCAAAUGAGUAAGGUGAUCGAAUUCGAGACGGCUCUGGCUGGGAUAACUACUCCUUCUGAGGAUAGAAGGGAUGAAGAGGGUCUUUAUAACCCUUUCACGUUGAAACAGUGGCAGAAGGAAGCGAAUUUCCUGAAUUGGACGGCGUUCUUCAAUGAUGCUUUUAGAUUAGUUGGAAGAAGUAUAUCAGAAAAUGAAAGAAUCGUCGUAUACGCACCUGAAUAUUUUCGAAACCUCACUAAAGUAAUAAAGAAUUACACAAGAUCAAAAGAAAAGAAAACGAUCCUAAAGAACUAUCUCAUCUGGCAAGUGUCUCGCUCGCUCUCGACGUACCUGUCUAAAUCUUUCCGAGAUGCAACCAAAAUUCUACGGAAGGCAUUAUACGGCUCUGAAGGCACGGAGGAGUCUUGGAGAUAUUGUGUUACGGACACUAAUAAUGCUCUUGGAUUCGCAGUCGGCGCCAUGUUCGUCCGGGAAGUGUUCCACGGCGAAGCCAAGACGCAAGGGGAACUGAUGAUCGACAACAUAAGGAACGCGUUCAAGAAUAACCUCAGGAACUUGGACUGGAUGGACUCUGAGACCAUGAAGGCUGCUGAGACGAAAGCGGAUGCUAUUACGGAUAUGAUAGGCUUCCCCGACUACAUCCUUCAGAAAGAGGAAUUAGACAAACAAUACGAGGAACUGACCAUCCACCCCAACGAGUACUUCCAAAACAACAUCGCCUUCAACCUGUUCAGCUUGAAAAACGACUUGAAGAAAUUGGAUCAGCCAGUCAAUAGGACCAAAUGGGGAAUGACACCAUCAACAGUAAACGCCUACUACACUCCAACCAAGAACCAAAUAGUUUUCCCCGCCGGUAUCCUGCAGCUGCCUUUCUACGACGGUGACAACCCUAAGAGCGUCAACUACGGAGCUAUGGGAGUUGUUAUGGGGCACGAGUUGACGCAUGCGUUUGAUGACCAAGGCCGAGAAUAUGACAGAUUUGGGAACCUGAACCAAUGGUGGAACAAUGCUACCAUAAACCGCUUCAAGAAGAGAGCCAAGUGCAUCCAGGAGCAGUACUCCAGUUAUUCUAUGGAGGGACAGCAUUUAAACGGGAAGCAGACUCUGGGCGAGAACAUAGCUGACAAUGGAGGCCUGAAGGCAUCAUUCCAUGCCUACCUGGACUAUAGCAGAACGGAAGCCAAAGUGAACUUGACUCUCCCAGGACUGAAGUAUAACCAUAGACAAUUGUUCUUCAUCUCUUUUGCACAGGUAUGGUGUUCCUCAAUGACCAAAGAAUCUACUAAAAUGCAAAUAGAAAAAGAUGACCAUACUGUUGCAAAAUACAGAGUAAUAGGCCCAAUUUCUAACCUGAAAGAGUUUUCCAAGGAGUUCAACUGUCCCAUGGGCUCUAAAAUGAAUCCGAAACAUAAAUGUGAAGUAUGGUAAUGCUGAGCGGAUUGUUUUGCCGGUUUGGCGCGUUUUGAGAGCUUCAGUGCUGCUGCGUUCCUAUAUUUACUACGCCUGAAGUGUGUUAUUGUUAUUGCGUGUAAAAUUAAACUCGCUUAACAAAAAUAUUAGCAUUUCGAAGGCAAAGACAGUGUUUCGCUCUUCAACCAAAUAAUAUAAAUAAAAAUUCACUUUAAGAACUAAAAACUGCCAGUUUCGUUACGUGUGACGUUGUGAUGUGACACUGACAGUUGGGAGUUGGGACAAGUAGUACAAUUCAGAACAGAAGUGCUUUAAGCUUGUGUUACACCUACCUAAAUUUAGCAUCCUAAAUGAUUGUAUUCUUUAUUUAGAAAAUUGCCUAAGUAUUCUAAGUAACCUGUUAAAGGUUAAUUUAGGCUUUCCUGGAUUAGGUAUCUAGAUCAUUUAGGAUGAUAUAUAAAAGAAGAUGUAGCACGUCAUUUAACCCUAGUACUCAUAAUCCAGCUCGCAGUCCUCCAAAACCAGAAGGCAGCUUAUCUGUUAAAGUAAGAAAAUAUUGUAGGUAAAUAUUACCAUCCUUCUUUAAGAGAUAGCUGCCUUAUGCUCUUGGAAGACUACAGUCAGGUCUGUAAGUAUGAGUAUCUACUAGGUUUUAAGAAUUAUAUAUAAUAUACUUUACAGUUCAUAUGGUCCUCCAUCAAGACACCCUGUGCUAUAAUAAGCACAUUACGUAACUACGUCGAAAAUUUAAAUUACCAUAUGUACUGUAAAACGUUGUGCGACACACGUGCGAAUAGGUAAUUCGCAACUCGUGUCGAUUUAAAUUUGUUCGUAUUUUAAAAUUCGCCACUCGUUGCGAAUUUUGCACUUGUAUCGUAAAUAUCCAUAAGCUCCAUACACUCAUACGCUCGAAGUAUAAAGGUGAUGAAGAAAAGAUUUUGUAAAAUAAAAAAGUACCAAAUUGGAAUAUGCUGAAUCUAUUUAAAAUAAAAUGCCUCAAAUGCUUGUGAGAAUGAACGAUUGUUAUUCAUAAAAGGAUGUAGGAUGAUUGGGCAUUUUUAUAAUCGUUGUAUAUUAAUGAGCUUAGAGUAGUCGUGAUGAAAACGGAUUAACGGGUUACUGGUCAAAUAGAAUCAAUGUAUAAGUUAAUGGAAAACACUAUACGAAACUUAUGUGUGCCAUCCUAUGUUCAUAUUAAGUAUAUACAUUUUGUAAGAAUAGGCGUAAUGGGUUUUAUGUUAUUUAUAGAAUUAUGUGAUCCUAAUUGACCGUAUUAUUUUUAUUGUAACUUUUAUUUACCUAUAUCUCAGUGUCAAAAUCUCACCAUCAAAUAAUAGCUUGGCAUAAAACUUGGUUUAAAAAUUGAGAUCUUUAGAAUAACGUAAUCUGUAUGUCAAGUUGCCGUGAUAACUCAUUUAUUGUGUUGUUUACUGUGUUGUUUGUGAAAAUAUAGGUGUUUUAGUUUCGUGUGGGAUGGGAUGAAAAAUACGCAGCGCCAAUAUUUCGGCCAGUAGUGACAAGUGAUGUCAGCAACACACUACAACAACUGAACUGAACAAACAAAUAAUAAUUAGCAAAACAUGCGUCACAAUUAAUUACAUAUAAACAACGUUUUAUUUUUGAAUAGGUAUAUUUUUAUUAUAUGUAAUUGAAUAUUUAGGUGUUUGUGUGAUGUUUUGACGUACUUAAUUUUAAGCAAAUAUGUAACCGUAUGGUACGUAGUACCAUGUAUAGUUUUUAAAAUAGCGAUAUGUAGACCAUUUUCAGUCAAACCUUGAUAAGUGGGAUAUAUCUCAGAUAAAACAAUUGUUAGGAUUUACUCUGGCAAACCCAGUUUGUCAGUGACAGUUUGACGAAAGACCCCUCAUAAAAUAUAAAAAUUAAAUGGAUUGGAUUUCUCUUACAACCCGCUUAUCUGGGUUUUACUAGAUAUACAUCUUAAAUGUUAAUCUAAAAAUGCUGGACAUUUUUACCGUUUUGUACAGUGCUGACUUAAAGUACGAGAUACUUUAUACUAAGCAGUAGAGCCAAUAUUGUCUUAUUCUGUUUUAUUUUUUGUGCCACAAGUGCGUGAUAUUUCACUUCGCGUUAAAUUAAAAAAAAAUAUUGUAGGUAUAGGAUUUGUUACACCUCUCUAAAUGUAGAAUCCUAAAUUAUUUGUUCACCUUAUUUAGCUUACAAAUAGUUUCUUUUGGUGUAUAAAUAACAGGAUACUAUAUUCAGAAAGGUUGGCAGGCCCUUGAAUAUAAAUAUGAAUAUAAUGUUAUACAUAAUUUUAAAUUUUUCUGUCUAUUUUAUUCAGACGAGUUAUCUGCAAAACGUAUUUUGCAACUUUACUUUUCUAUGUUAGAUGUUAUUCUUUUGUUAUAAUUAAGUCACUGAUAGAAUUUAUUUUGUUAUUAUUUACUCUUAUACCUCUCCGUAAUAAAUGGGUAUGUACA